AUGUCUUCGACCGCACCAUCUGAAGGGGAUCCUGUAGCGCAAAUAAUCUUGUCGUCUGCAUUACUGGCGCAGUUCCGUUAUGUUCUCGCAGCGUCACAAAGUUCCCAACAUCACAGCCAACGCGGAUAUGAAGACCCCUCCAUAAAGCCUUGGAACGCUCUCUCUUUUCUCAUCGCGACAGGGGCCGUUAGCGACGAGACGGCUAGCAAGGUCGUUGCGGUGUCUGGCGUCAUCACUUCCGGACGGAUUACUGGGUUUCUCGUUUCCCGCAACGCGGUUCCAGCCCUCGUUCUUCCGCUGCAGAAGGUCAUCAAUCCCCUCCAGCAUAUCGGCGAUGUAGUCAAUGUCGCGCAGUUCUUCGCGACCACCCCCAAAGGUCACAGGCCCAAACAGGCGGACUUUUGUCUUUUCCUCUUCUGUGUAUCUCGCUGCCUUCCGAAGCUCACUUCCCGCUUCGAACACGGCGAUCUUAUCUGGGACGGUCCCAGCUCAGAUACCCAGGUGCGUACCAAGGCGUCGGAUGGAGACAACUCGCGUCACCCCACGACGGCAAUCUACAACAUGCUGCGCACCACACCGCCGAAGCGCAUUGGACCCAACGCGCUCAUAUAUUUGUCGAGGGGUUUCCGGAUCUACUUCAAGAAGGCGAAGAUCCCUCUGUCCCCUCACUCCGACACCCACGACGCCUACCCGAUCACGAAUGAAAACGCGGUCGAUUGGGCUCAACUGCUCAUGGACUCCUUCCAGAAGAUGAGGACAUAUUUCUGCGAUCUCCGCUCGAAGUGGCGCGUCCUCGAGGGUGACACCGCCUCUUUCUCGCUACAGGCCGAGGAGUCCUCGGAUGCUUUCGAGACCAUGAAGCUUUUCAGAGCCCUUCUGGAUGCCGGCGUCAUCAAGCAUCUUAUCACCCCGGAUGUUGAAGCGGAGCUGCAGGAGAUGCGCCAGCGCAGUGAGGAAUCGAAGUCGUGCCCAGUGGAAAACUUGGUGAACUGGGCGAAGAAAUCCGCUCUAUCGACUAGAGGAUGCGAGUCUACUUACUCAUUUCUGCUUACGCAGAUGGGAGCUACGAGUGUGCCCGAACAGAACACUUACGAAGAGGAUGCGCCUGACGAGGACGUGUUGGAAGCCGCGGACGAUGACGAUGAGGAAGUGGCGGACGCCAGAACGGAUCCAAACGACUCGGUGGAACACCACCUCGUCCUCCGGCAUCUGAGAACCGUGACGCUACCCCUUGACAUCAUUGCCACGUUCACCGAUCUCCCCAUGUCUCAAGGUGCUGGCAACGCUCCGGCUGUGCAAGCCGUCUAUGUAGACCACCCACCUGCUCAGCCUGUAUUUCGUCCAGACAACUUCGCCGACAUCGAGAAGAAGAUAGAACCGUUCUUGCCGGCGAAACAGACAGCCGGCUCCCUCCCCGAUCCCGGAGAUGGUCCAUUUGCCAGCGUCAUCUUCCCGGCAAUCGCGAAGUGGCCGAAUAAGUUGGGGAAUCAGGUGAUGCAGAAAGUAAAUGGCGCAAGUGUGCAUGCCGAGGCGGCGCUCAUGGCUCGCGCAUGGCUAUCGCAAAACGGCGACGGCUCAGCAGCGUCAUCGGAGGGCGAGAAACUGAUACAGGAUGUGCUCUUGCGCGAGCGCAUCCCCGUCGGAGUGAGCAAAAAGUGUUGUUUUUGCUGCGACUACCUUGCACAACUGCUCGCCGAACCCUCGGAGGACGGGCGGCCCGGUGUGAAGUUUGUCCUCUCGGGCACGCAUUCGACGGUUUUCCCUUGGGUUCCACCCUCAGGUCUACCUCGUGCGGUUUUGGUCAAGCUGGCGAAGAGGCUGACCGACACGCUGGAUGAGGCCAUUAAAACCUCUUCCAAAGAUGUCGGAUCGACGCAGACCACACCGCUCCACGCUUCGGCGCCCCUCCCCGCCUGUGCGGGUGAAGAUGAAGAUGAGUUUGCUAGGGAGGUGAGGGAGCGGAUUGAGUUGGUGUUGGAACCCGACGUGGAGUAG